AAAAUAUAAAUAGAUUUAUUCUAUAAAAUUAGAAUAUACAAGAUUUAUUAAAUAAAAUAAAUAUUAAUUUAGAGAACUCAGGGGCAAGAAAACAUUGAUAACAUGUUUCAUAACCUACCCUUCAAAGAACAGUAAUUUCUACAUGUUUGUGAACUGAAUUGUCUAAUUUCCAUAUGCCUUAAUUGUCAAUUGGUAUAAAAAAUAGUCAUUUUAAACCUUGUUAAACUAAAUCUCGUAUUCUUGAUAUGGAUCUAUACAGUUGGAAAGAAAAAGUUUCAAUUCCCUGCAUUGAUAAUAUUGAACAGUUCUGGAGGAGUAUACACAUUUGGAUUAGCAAACCACAUUGCAUAAGUAAGAAAAUAGGUGGCGCUGAUUAUUUUGAAAUUGGAUUUUUCUCUCUUCAAAGUAUUGAAGAAUUCAAACAGUAUUUAGUCGACCACUUACAUUCCUUAAGUUCUUGCAACGAUUUAAGAGAAAGUAUACAAUUUUUGAUAGAUGAGUUUCAUGAAAAACUUCCCAAAUCGAAAAUAAAGCUGGGCCCAUUUGAAAUAAUUUUAAGGUUAUUAUAUCCUAAAAAUGGUCAAUAUUCUCCAGAAAAUAUUGAAUUGAUAAUCAAAGGUAACUGCUGAUUAUUAUAAUCAUAUGUUACUUUUUCAAAAGAUCAAUGUUUUGCAAAAAAAAAAUUUUGUUUUCAGAUUUCACAAAACAAGCAAUUGUUUUUAUUAAACCUGUUUCUGGCGAAAGGGAUAAUUUAGUUACAAAUUUGCCUUAUGCCAUUUCUUUCAGAAACAAAACCUUGAUAUUAUCAACUGUUGAAAAAGGAUUAAAUGAUGAUUCUCUCAUGUGGCUCGAACAGAUGUUACUUCCAAAAUUGAGUUGUUGGAUGGAGAGUGAUCACAACUCUACAGCUCUCAAUUCUAACCAAUUAAUUUCAAUGAAUAAAUAUCUGUCGACUUAUUCUUUAUUAAAAGAAAAAUAUUUUCAUUCGAUAUUGAAGUUUUGGAAUGAAUCUACGAACCCAGAAAAGUUUAUAAAUGAAGAUAUUGCCAUUGCAUCAUAUUUGAUAGUUCUGUGGGGUGAUAAAUGUCAAAGAUUUGUAGAUCUUGGAUGUGGUAACGGAUUACUUGUGUAUAUAUUGUCUGGUGAAGGUCAUAAUGGAGUUGGGAUUGAUUUGCGCGCCAGAAAAAUAUGGAAUUCUUAUCCUGAUUUUGUAAAACUUAAGGUAGAUACAAUCGCACCAUCUUUAGACUGUGUUUUUCCAGAAGCUGAUUGGGUAAUAGGGAAUCAUAGCGAUGAGCUUACACCAUGGAUACCCAUCAUAGCUUCUAGGAGUUCGUUUACUACAAAUUUUUUUAUAUUACCCUGUUGUCCAUUUGAACUGAACGGACACAAAUAUAUCAGAAAUAAUACUUCCAAAAGUUGUUAUUCUGAUUAUAUGGACUAUUUGGAAAAUAUUUGUUAUGUAUGUGGUAUCGAAGUAGAACGAGAUAGGUUGAAAAUUCCUUCGACUAAACGACUCUGUCUUGUUAGUAAGAAAAGAUUGUAUAAAAGUUCUGAUCAGUUGAGCAAACAAGCCGAAGUCAACGAUUUUGUAAAUCUUAAACUUACAUCUUCAGGAGGAUUAAAAAUGAAACUAAGAAGUCCUGAAGAAAAGGUAAAAAAUUGUACACAGUUGAAUAAAGAAUACCUCGAGGAAGUUGUCUUUGACAUUGCAAAUUACAUUAUAAAGUCGAGUCCGAUAAUUCCAUCAUGGAGAGAAGGGGAAUUUGUUUCCAUAAGAGAUCUUGCGUCGUUAUUGUCACCAGAUAGGAGAAAAUUUCUAAAAGAUCAAUGCGGCGGUCUCCAAACUUUAUUAAGGAAUCACCACCAUGUUUUCUUAGUGUACAAUGGUAAGGUAAAAUUGAGAAAGCCAACUAUAAAAAAAUUACUCCCCAAAACGAUAAAGGAAAAGAAAUGUUGGUUUUUUUACAAUCAUCCAGAUUCGUGUCCGCUGAGCGAUGAGCACUGUACUUAUAAACAUUUGAGCUAGUAGCUGAUUUAAGAAAGGCGAUGAAGUGAAUUUUCAGGCAUAAGCUUUGCGUCUGAGAAAGCAGGUCUCCCUCUUUCUCGGACAGAAGUUGCGAAGAGAAUAAAGAGAAAAACACGGAUUAUCCUGAGAUACAGACCAUUUCUGGAAGAUGACUAUUUCUAUUAUAUUCUGAUUGAAAGCAUGGUCUGAGAUUCUACGUGAAGAAUACUUAUUGAUAUAAGUAAUUAGCUGAAAACAAAUGCAGAGCAAUUUUUCAUGUGCCUCUUAACAGCCAUUGGCCAUUGAUAUCUUUAUUUAUGAAGUUAUUGGUACUAACUAAUUAGGCCGUUAAAACCUGAAUUUAUUUAUUUUUAUAGCUUUAAUUAUUUUUAGUACAUUGCUAUGAGUAUCUUGUUAUUUUGAUGAAAUUCAUGUUUUUUUAUUAGUUGAAAUUCAAUAAAAAUGUUCAGUAAUAUCAA